GCGAGCGGCGGAGCGGAGAAAGAGCGAGGCGGCGAGCAGGGCAGGCAGCAGGCAGGGCAGGCAGCCCCGCUUCCACCGCCCCCCGCCCGCAGGCAGCCAGCGCCGCCUCCCCUCGCCCCGCGGCUCUGCCGGAGCACAACGGCAGAUUCUUCUUUUUUCUUUUUAUAUUUUUUAAAACAUAUAUUUAUUUUUCCGGGGCCGCGGAAGGCCCGGCUGGUGCCAGCCCGGUUCGGGGAUCGCUCCUCCUCACCCCGGCUCCUCCGGGAGGACUCGAAGCGGAGCCGGAGUUCCCGUGGGUCGGCGGAUGGACCCGCAGCCCGGCGCCAGGAGCUGCAGCCGCGGGGCUCCCGCCUGCGAGGUGGUCCCGAACGAGCCCCCCAUGAACCUCUACAUCAACACCACCACCGGGACCCGCUAUGAGCUCUCCGUGCCCGCCGAGGAGACGGUGGAGGGGCUGAAGCGGCGGCUGUCCCAGCGGCUGAAGGUGCCCAAGGAGCGGCUGGCUCUGCUGCACAAAGAGAGUCGACUCAGCUCUGGAAAACUGCAGGACCUGGGGGUCGUGGAAGGAAGCAAGUUGACGCUGGUGCCCACCGUGGAGGCCGGUUUGAUGUCCCAGGCGUCCAGGCCAGAACAGUCGGUGAUGCAAGCUCUGGAAAGCUUAACUGAAACUCAGGUCAACGAUUUCUUGUCGGGACGGUCCCCGCUGACCCUGGCCCUGCGUGUGGGCGACCAUAUGAUGUUUGUGCAGCUCCAGCUGGCAGCUCAGCAGAGCAGCGGGCAGCUCCAGCACCGGCACCUCAUCGCCAGCCGGGGCGAGGCGGGGGCCGCCACCAGCCCCCACUGCCGGACGCUGCACGGCGCCACCGGCUCCAGCUUCGCCCGCAUCCCCGUGGUGCCAACGUGCCAGCAGAGCCCGGCCCCCAGCCCCGCGCCUGCUGCGCCCGCCCCCCCCAUGUACUGUAACGCCCCCCACUCCGCUCCCAUCACCGCCGGGAUGUUCCGGUCACACGGGGCCGGCACGCCGACGGUGAACAGCAGCGUCGUCUCCUCCUGCUCCGAGGUGGACUGUGGCACCCGCAGUGGCAGCACCCCAGGCAGCAGCUCUGCCCCCACUGCCCGGUCCCGCAAACCCGGCGCUGUCAUCGAGAGCUUCGUCAACCACGCGCCUGGGGUCUUCUCAGGGACCUUCUCCGGCACUUUGCACCCCAACUGCCAGGACAGCAGCGGGCGGCCGCGGCGGGACAUCGGCACCAUCCUGCAGAUCCUGAACGACCUCCUCAGCGCCACGCGACACUACCAGGGCAUGCCCCAGUCCCUGACACAGCUCCGCUGCCAGACGCAGUUCUCCUCUUCCUCCUCCUCAUCCUCACCUCCUGCCUCCCCGGACCUCACCACCAAAACUACCUCAGAGCCGCUGCCGGUGGCCGCAGCCUCCCCGCCCCUGCACCCCGUCGUCCAGUGCCAAAGCCAGAUCCGGAUGUGCAAGCCCAGCGGGGAUCGCUUGCGGCAGACGGAGAACCGCGCCACGCGCUGCAAGGUGGAGCGGCUGCAGCUGCUGAUGCAGCAGAAGCGGCUGCGCCGGAAGGCCCGGCGGGACGCGCGCGCCCCGUACCACUGGCUGCCCGGCCGCAAGCCCGGCCGCACCAACAGCAACAGCAGCGUCUCCAGCGAGGGCAGCCUGGACCUGGACUUCGAGGACUCGGUCUGGAAGCCGGAGGUCAAGGCGGACAUGAAAUCCGAAUUUGUUGUAGCAUAGAGCUGGUGCCCUGGGGGGGGAACCCGGGGCCGCGGACUCUGCCGGAGGGGGGGGGUUCUGCUCCCACCGCCCCGGCUGCUGGUGAUGUCAUUUCUGUUGUCAUGGGCCAGAUCUCCUCUAGAUUUGCCAUCUCCUGCGAGCGGACGCCUUGGAGCCAACCCUGCCAGCGCCGGGGAAAGCGUUUCAGUGGGGGGGGGGGGGGGCCGUGGCCGGGACAACCUCACUCCCCCAGAGCUGGGUUGGGUUUGGGGGGCCGGGGGGGUGGGGAGCAGGCAGGAGCUGCUGGCCCCUUCCCACAUCCUCCCUGGCUGGGAGCGAACAUUCUCAGUGCUGGGGGGUCCCUGGGGGAUAUCAAAGCUGCUGCUUUGCUGUGAAGAGGGGUGCAGCAGGGUGGGCUCUGCCCCCCCCCCCCGCGUCCCCCUUGGUGUGGGCAGGAGGAGAUGAAGUCUCUUUCGGAGGUGCUGGGGCCCCCCUGGCUUUGGGGGCCGUUUGUUUUCCUUCCCUUCUAUAUGUAGCAUUUGCUCAGCUGCGGGGCUGGGACCCCCCCCAGGCAUUUGGGGGGGACACACGCGUGUGCCUGGGCGCCGCUGGCCCCGCUGCCACAG